AUGACUGAAGCCAAACAAGAUUUAAUAGAAUUAUCAACAAAUCCUUUAGAUGAAUGGAUAAAUACACAUUAUGAUGAAUUGUGUGCAGGUAUGACGUGUAAAAAUGCUCUAUUCUGCAAACCAUCAGACAUGAAAGACAAGAAUUUCCAAAUGAGCAUUAAGGAUAAAUGUGAUAGGAAACAGAGAAGAAUAGAUGGUAAACAAACAUGGUGUUAUGUUUUGAAAGAAGAAAUGAAAGGAUUAUAUAAACAGGUUGAACCAAACGAUAAUGA